AAUUCCUAGUUUUUUACCAUGGAUCAUGAUAAUGAUAAUUCUACAUAUCAAUUAAACUAUAAGGACAUCAAGCAAGCCGCGGAGGCAAUAGAAAACGGUGUUAUACACACGCCGCUCUGCGAAUCGAAACUCAGCAAGUUCAUGGACUAUAAUAUUUAUUUAAAAUGUGAGAACUUGCAGUACACAGGCAGUUGUGCGGAACGUGGUAUACGAAACUUGUUUGUAACAACUCCAAACGAUGUCUUUGAAUGCGGUGUAAUCGUGCCUUCUAGCGGCAAUAUGGCGAUAAGUGCUGCUUACCAUGGCGGGUUGUUGGGGGUGCCGGUAACAGUAGUUCUCCCCGAACGCACACCCCCUGCAUACGCGCAGCAUUGCUCGGAGUUCGGCGCCGACGUUGUGUUGUACGGUAACUCGUAUGAGGACGCUUACGCUUACGCCAAGAAAGUGCACUUUGGUAGCAAGCAGAUACUAAUUAAUUCCGACAACCCAUUGGUGAUGGCGGGCAUGGGUACAGUGGGCUUGGAGAUAAUAACGCAGCUUCCCGAAGCUGACGCUGUGAUCGUGCCAGUAGCCGGGGGUGGCUUGCUGGCGGGAGUGCUCAUAGCCUGCAAAAAACUUAAGUGCUCGACUCUUGUUUAUGGUGUGGAGUGCGCUAAAAUGCCCAAAAUGAUGAAAGCGCUGCAAGCAGGAAGGCCUGUCUCUGUGCCGGUGGUGCAUAACCUGGCAGAGGGGCUCAGUGUGUCGAUAAUCGGAAACAAUGCUUUUAAUAAUAUCAAAGGCAGAUUGGAUCGAAUGUUAGUAGUAGAAGAGUCAUACGUAGCAAAGGCGAUCAUAAGCAUGCUCGAGAGCGAGCGGCUGGUUGCAGAUGGCGCUGGAGUCUGCGCAAUCGCAGCUGUGAUGCAAGGUCUUGUGCCAGAAUUGAAGGGAAAACGUACAGUCUGCAUCGUAAGUGGCGGAAACAUCGAGUCUGGCCGCUUAGCGCGCACGAUACACAGGGGCCUUGGAGCGAUGGGUCGUCUGUUGAGAUUCUCAGUGCCCGUACAUGAUCAUCGUUCAGGGCUUGAGGAGUUGGCGAAACUUAUUUCUGAAGAGAAUGGCGUGGUCAAGAAUUUAAUCACUGAUCAUACGUGGCUGCAUGGCGACGUUGGGGCUACUUGGGCGAAUGUGGUGGUUGAGACGGCUAAUAAUGAACACUGUUUGAAUAUUAAGGAGAGGGUUCGCGAUGUAUACCCAGUAGCAAAAUUUGUCUUUGCCGACUUUGAGGAUAGUAAGCACAGGAUCCCUGGUCGAUAAAAUUUUUAAUUGAUCUUAAUUUUCUAUCUAACUUGUCAAAAAAAUCUCUUUGUAUGAGG